CUGCCGCUGCCUUCACUGCGACGCGUUCCUGCACGUGCACUGCGCCCUCCCGCCCGCCAUUAGAGCCGACCAGCACGUACUCCAUCCGCUGCUGCUCUCCAGCCCCGAAUUCCAACUUGUGUCUGGUAAUAAUAACAAUGGUGAUUCUGAUCGGUGGCCGGAAUUCUGCUGCGUUUGUGGAGAAGAAAGAUCCGACGGGGUUUCUUGGGUUUAUUCGUGUUCCAUCUGUAGAUUUGUUGCUCAUGUUGAAUGCGUCAUUUAUGAUCAUCAGGUGGCAAGUGAAACAGAAGCAGAGGAAUCCAUAACAAGCCUACUCUGUUCAUUUGAGUUGAGCGAUAACGAAGAACAAGAUCAUCAAAAUGAAGAAUCAGAAGAAGAGCAAAUUGGCGGAAGAAGCCGUGAAAUUAACCGCACCAUAAUAAUGGAGCCCGGAGUAAGUCUGCAGCUGAUCCUCGAUUCUUUCUCAGAAGCUGAAGAAACAGAGUAUCAGAACCUGGUCGCCGCCAUGGCCACAGACGCCGGCGGCGGCGACGACGACGACGACGAAACCAACUCCGAGCAGAAAUAUUUGAACCACUAUUCGUAUCUGGAGAAACCCCUUUACGAUCUUCUAGAAAAGAUCGACCUUGGAGACGAUCCCGACAGCCCUUUCCAAGGUAUUGAAAUGGAUUCUCCGACGGUUCUCGUCGCCGCCGGCCGCUACUUGGUGUCGGAGAAACUCGCUGAAACUUUCACAAAAAUUUUCGACAAACAUGGAGAUGUAGCAGGGAAUUCGAAUCUGAGCCCGAAACUGAAGAUGGUAGUAUGGAAUUUGUUGUGCAAAGUGGUGGACGACAUGUCGAAAACAGAGCUGAAGAACGUGAGGGGGGAGGUUCUGGUUUCGUGGAUGAUUGGGAUCAGAACGAUCCAACUGUGUGGCUUUGAAGUGGGUUUUGCUUGGGAUGGGUGGAAGAAGACGGCCAUGGCUUUCUUUGGCCUUCAUGGGAAAGAGAUGGCCCACGAAUUGGCUGCGGAAACCGACCAGAAAAUCGACCAACGGCGCCGGGAACUGGAGAAGCUCUGUGGGGAAAGAGAGAAGCUUCUGAGUUUAAUGGAGGAGUGUGUUAAGGAAGGCUUGGCUAUGGAGGGGAAGAUUUCUGGACAUGGAUUCAUAUGAUAUUUAAUUGGUUAUUUCAUGUCAUUUCUCCUUUGGUUCUGUGGGUUUCCAAUUUUGUGUUCAAUUAGAAUCAAAUUCAUUCCAUUGGUCUCUAAAAAGUAUUGGGUAAUACAAUAUAAUGUUUGAUUAGUUGAG